UAAAUACCACUGCGUUUGGCAAUGUUUAAUGAUCAGAUUAUCAAUUGUUAGCAAGUUAGUGACGUUAAGUAAAGCAGAGCAAGCCGAAUAAAAAAUGAAAUGCCAAAGUGUUACCUUGAAUGGAGGAUUUAAAAUGCCAAUCGUAGGAUUCGGUUCCGGUGGGAUAAAAACGGCAGACCUAAUGGAAGAAACCCUAAAUACUGCACUUGAAGUGGGAUACAGACACAUAGAUACAGCGACAGUAUACGAAAACGAGCAUCUCAUUGGAUCAGUACUUCAGAAGUGGUUUUCUGCAGGCAGACUGAAACGAGAGGAUAUUUUUAUUACUACGAAACUGCCUAACUAUGCGCUACAACCGGACAAGGUUGAAGAGUUCCUUAGAGCGUCUCUAGCUAAGCUCCAAGUAAACUAUGUAGAUUUGUAUUUGAUCCAUUUUCCUGUAGCUAGAGUAGAAACAGCACCAAACGAACCAUGUUCGUUGUUGCCAACUGACCAUAUUGCUGUUUGGAAGAAAAUGGAGGAACAAGUUGAACUAGGUCGUGCAAAAGCUAUCGGGGUCUCCAACUUUAGCCAAAGGCAAAUCGAGAGAUUAAUCAAUAAUUCUACCAUUAAGCCUGCUUGCUUGCAAUCGGAAAUUCAUUUGUAUUUACAACAGGAAUCAUUAGUAAAUUUUUGUCACUCCAACGGAUUGGUAGUGACUGCAUAUUCCCCUCUCGGUCAUCCAGGAAUCGGCGAUUGGUUAAAGAAACGUGGAAUGGAAAAAGAUUAUCUACCUGACGAGUUGAGCGAUCCGACUGUUCAACAAAUUGCAAAGAAACACAACAUUACUACUGCCCAAGUGUUGUUAAAAUUCCAAAUACAAAAAAAUAUUGUGGUGGUACCAAAAAGUUCGAAACCGAAUCGACUUAGAACUAACUUCGAUCUAUUUAGUUUUUCCCUUGAUGACGGUGAUAUAAAAGCACUAGCUGAUUUGGAUAAAGGAGAAAGAGCUCGAAUUUUCGAAUAUAAAAACUUGAACGGGGAGGACCAUCCUGAAUGGCCAUUUCCCAAAAGGAGGUAACUUUCACAUUCAAUUUUAAAUAAAAAGAAACAAAAUUCUACUAGCCGUUUUUAUUAGUUUUAAAUAACAAAGUCAAAUCCUCAAAAAAUGGUCCUUACUUUAUAGUAACUUUAGCAUAGUAACUGUAUAAGCUUAAUUAGUAACAUUCUUUGAGGUUUAGUGAAUGCUAAUGCUAUAGGUAUCUAUAAUACCUUCAAUACGGAUAACAAUACCCACGAACUUUUCGUAAUAACUGCGUUGGUUUCGUUAAAGCAUAUGGAAUAUAGAAAUAGUAUACGCAAACAUUAACAGAAGUGAGAGGGACCCUAAAGUGAAGACGAUAAAGUAUUUAGAUCCAAGAUCAUUAAGCUGGCAA